AUAUAUGACUAUUUAUUACGCUAUUUUUGAUAUCUACGAUUUAUCAGAUGAUAACUGAUGCCUGUUGCCCUUGGCCCCCUUACUGCUACAAAAAAUUAUGUAGACUUAUGUAUUAGUAAAGUGGCUAAUGUUGUUGUUUUGUAAACCUCACACGAAUUUUACCUGUUGUUAUUAUCAACAUGUUUAAAGUUAAUUGUAGUAAAUUUAAAUAUCGUUACUUUAAAGCAGUCGAAGAACUUAGAUUAAUUCAGAAAUCAAGAAGAUGGAUUUCAUCAACGACCCAUUUAUCCUCCAAGGAUACCAAAGAAGUCAAACAGUCAAAAUCAUUUACUAUGAAUUUAUUUCGUGGUCAGUUACAAACUGAACAAGUAUUUCCAUAUCCAGAUGUAUUAAAUGAUGAACAAACUGAAACAUUAUCUAGUUUAGUUGAUCCUGUUACAAAAUUUUUCCAAGAAGUAAAUAAUCCUUUAAAAAAUGAUGAGAUAGAAACUGUUGAACCAAAUACAUUAGAAGGACUCUGGGAUUUAGGAGCUUUCUCAUUACAAGUUCCUCAAGAUCUGGGUGGACUAGGACUUACUAACACACAGUAUGCUAGAAUGGUAGAAAUUGUUGGUGCUCAUGAUUUAGCUGUGGGCAUUGUUUUAGGAGCUCACCAAUCAAUUGGUUUUAAAGGCAUAUUGUUAUUCGGUACUCCAGAGCAAAAAACUAAAUAUUUACCACGAGUAUCAAACAAAGAGUUUGCAGCAUUUUGCCUAACUGAACCUUCUUCUGGUAGUGAUGCUGGAUCUAUCAAAACACGUGCUGUUCUAUCACCUGAUGGAAAACAUUACAUACUAAAUGGCAAUAAGAUUUGGAUUAGUAAUGGUGGUAUGGCAGAAAUAAUGACUGUUUUUGCUCAAACUCCAGUUAAAGAUGAAAAAACUGGCCAAACAAUAGAUAAAGUCACUGCGUUUAUUGUUGAAAGGUCGUUUGGUGGUGUAACUAAUAGUCCUCCAGAAAAAAAAAUGGGAAUCAAAGCAUCAAACACUGCUGAAGUUAAUUAUGAAGAUGUAAAAGUUCCUAUUGAAAAUGUGUUAGGUGGAGUGGGUCAAGGUUUUAAAGUUGCUAUGAAUAUUUUGAACAAUGGACGGUUUGGAAUGGCAGCUGCUCUAGCUGGGACUAUGAGAUCUGUGACUGCUAAAGCUGUUGAACAUGCAACGACUAGAGUACAAUUCGGAAAACGUUUAGACAGUUUUGGAGGAAUUCAAGAAAAACUUGCUCGUAUGGCAAUGCUUCAAUAUGUUACUGAAAGUAUGGCUUAUAUGAUAUCAGGAAACAUGGAUACAGGCUCAGUCGAUUAUCAUUUAGAGGCAGCAAUUUCAAAGUGUUUUGCUUCUGAAUCUGCCUGGUAUGUAACUGACGAAGCCAUACAAAUUCUUGGUGGUAUGGGAUAUAUGAAAGCUACAGGAUUAGAAAAAGUAAUGCGAGAUUUAAGAAUUUUUAGAAUAUUUGAGGGUACCAACGAUAUCCUCAGGCUCUUUGUAGCUUUGACUGGAAUCCAAUUUGCUGGUGGUCAUUUGAAAGAACUACAAAGAGCAUUCAAAAAUCCAACUGCUCAUUUAGGUUUAAUUCUUGAAGAAGUCAAAAAGCGUACUUUGUAUUCUGUUGGUUUUAAUUCAGCACCUUCAUUAAAUCAUCUUGUCCAUCCCAAAUUGUCUGAUGCAGCAAAUCUUGCUGGACAAAGUGUUGGAUUAUUUGGUCCAGCUGUAGAGUCAUUGUUAAUUAAACAUGGAAAAGGCAUUAUCGAUAAGCAAUUUCUUCUUAACAGAUUAGCUCAAGCAGCUAUUGAUACAUAUACUAUGUCAGUAGUACUAUCAAGAGCUACUAGAGCAUUAAAUAAAGGCCUUCCAACAGCCGAGUAUGAAGCAUUACUUACUCAAAUAUAUUGUUCAGAGGCUAGUGAUAGAGUAACCAAUAACCUAAUGCAAUUAAAGUCUGGCAAACAUUUAGAUAAUUUUUCAAAAAUGAGCAGCAUUGCUGAACAAGUCUGUCAAAAUGGAGGAUUAGUACAAACUAAUCCUUUGAACUUAUAAGACCAAUUCUUAUAUUUAAGUUUAUAAAUACAAAUGAACUGGUGAUUGUGAAUUUGUUAUUAUAUAGGAAUGUUUUAAAUAAAAUAGUCACUAAAUCAUGACCUUUGUAUUAUCAUUUAAUGCUAUAGCUAAGAUUGAAUUGUGUACUUGUUAAAUUGAUAAUUAAUUGUAUAUAAUUGUUUAUAUUAUUAAAAUUUAUUAUUAUAUUAUAUAUUUAAUUUUCAUGUGUAUCUUAUUUUAUUUAAAUCAUAAAUUAUGUUAUUUUUAUUAUUUCACAAUUUUUGUUUAAUAGAUGGUAAAUUAUACUUUAUA